CCUCCCGGUCCGCGCCGCCGCUGCCGCUCGCGCGUUUUCCCGGUUCGGGUUUGUCUUUUUGCGGGGUUUUGUUGCUUUUUAGUUUUAAACGUGAACGAGGAAGCGUGCUCGCAGAACGCGUGGCACCCCCUCGGUGGCGGCCACGCAGGGGCGGCCGCAGCGACCGAGUUCCCGGGGCGCCCGCCUCCUGCUCCAGGAGACGUCAGUCCCCGCGCGGACGCCGGUCCCGGCCCCUCUCGUCCUGCCCCCCGGCCCCGGGGCUCCCUGCCCGGCCGCGCGGUUCCUGAGCCGCACAGCGCCGCGGAGUCGGUCGGGGCCUGCGCCUGAGCUUGGGGGCGCCGCGCUCGCGGGUCUCGGCCCGCCUGGCCGGCAGGGGGCGCCCCCAGCCCUGCCAGAAGCCUUCUCUUCCCCUGGAAGCAAUGCUGACCUCCCCAUGAGAACAUGCCUUUCGCAAAAGAUCUCCUUCAUCCCUCUCCAGAGGAGGAGAAGAGGAAACACAAGCAGCACCACCUGGUACAGAGCCCCAAUUCCUACUUCAUGGACGUGAAGUGCCCAGGAUGCUAUAAAAUCACCACAGUCUUUAGUCAAGCACAGAUGGUAGUUCUGUGUGCUAGCUGCUCCACUGUCCUGUGCCAGCCUACAGGAGGGAAAGCAAGGCUCAUAGAAGGAUGUUCCUUCAGGAGGAAGCAGCACUAA